CUGGUGAUUGGUUGUUGUGGAAGGUGUGUCGGCUCCAGCUGGAAGUAUAUUGUUUGACUAUAGGUUGUAUAGGUUAUUAUAUUCAAUAUGAUUUUUAGAAAGAUUCUGUACGAACCUAAAAGAAACAGUACAGCGAUAAAGAACGUCUUCCGUAAUUAGCAGUUCAAUAAGCUGAUUCACAAUCUAAAACUGGUUCAUCUAAACAAGUAUUAAAAAAAGUUUAAGAGCGCAGGACUCCCUGACUCCGGACUGAACUCCGCCACCUCAGGGGGUCCCGGGUGUCAGGGAGUAGACUGACUGAGAUCAGUGUAGCAGGAGACGCCGUUGUGCUCAGAACAGAGUUGUCAGUCCAUCUGUACUUUAUACUACCCGUGAGAGGACAUUCCUCAUCUUCCACUCAUUCCCCGAGUGCCCCGUACAAGCACAUCAUGCAUGCCAACACCUCCUCCAGACCCAAGCUGACCCUGGCAGAGCUGUGCGGCGGCCUGCCCGUCAACCCCUUGCCUCCACCACGGACUCGGGAUCCCAGCAUCGCCCACGCCCCCGUCAGGACGCACUGCCUCACGUCGAAGCAGCAGGAGCUGGCUGUGACCAAUGCCCUGCGGUACUUCCCCGACCACUGCCACAAGACACUCGCCCCGGAGUUCGCCCAGGAGCUGCGGGUGUUUGGCCACAUCUACAUGUACCGAUUCCUCCCUGACAUAGACAUGAGGGCCUACCCGCUGCAUCAGUACCCGGCACGGACCAGCAAGGCGGCGGCGGUGAUGCUGAUGAUGAUGAACAACCUCGACCCCCGCGUGGCGCAGUUCCCGCAGGAGCUGGUCACCUACGGCGGGAACGGCAACGUGCUCUCCAACUGGGCGCAGUUCUGGCUGGUGAUGCACUACCUCUCGGUGAUGACGGAGGAGCAGACGCUGGUGAUGUACUCCGGUCACCCCCUCGGCCUGUUCCCCUCCGACCCUCGCUCCCCGCGGGUCAUCAUCACCAACGGCAUGGUCAUCCCCAACUACUCCAAGAAAGCGAACUACGACGAGAUGUUUGCCCUGGGAGUCAGCAUAUAUGGUCAGAUGACUGCUGGCAGCUAUUGCUACAUAGGACCUCAAGGCAUCGUCCAUGGAACCACACUGACGGUGCUCAACGCGGGGCGGAAGUACCUGGGCCUGGAGAGCCUGGCGGGCCGUGUGCUGCUCACCUCGGGCCUCGGCGGUAUGAGCGGGGCGCAGGCCAAGGCGGCGGUGAUUUGCGGCUGCAUCGGCGUGGUGGCUGAGGUGAGCGAGGAGGCCCUGAAGAAGCGUCACAACCAGGGGUGGCUGCAGGAGUACACCGGCGACCUCGACGCCCUCAUCAGAAGGAUUCGGGAGGCACGCGCCAAGAAGGAGGCCACCUCCAUCGGCUACCUGGGUAAUGUGGUGGACGUGUGGGAGCGUUUGGUGAAGGAGUACGAGUCAACCGGAGAACUGCUCGUCGAACUAGGCUCCGACCAGACCUCGUGUCACAAUCCCUUCGGUGGCGGCUACUGCCCCGUGCAGCUGACAUACCAGCAAGCUGAGGAGAUGCUGGCCAAAGACCCCAACAAGUUUAAAAGUCUAGUGGAGGAGUCGCUGCGUCGCCAGGUCGUCGCAAUCAACAAGCUGGCAGACGCUGGCCUCUUCUUCUGGGACUACGGCAACGCUUUCCUGCUGGAGGCUCGUCGCGCGGGAGCCAAUGUGAGCGCUGCCGAUGGCGACGACGCCCUUAAGUUCCGCUACCCAAGCUAUGUGCAGGACAUCAUGGGGGACAUCUUCUCCCUCGGGUUCGGGCCCUUCCGGUGGGUGUGCACCUCAGGGGACCCCGCGGACCUGGAGACAAGUGAUAAAAUUGCUUACGAAGUUCUGGCGGCCAUCUGUAGCGAAGAGCUCCCAGUGAAGGUGCGGCAACAGUAUUCGGACAACAUGAAGUGGAUCGAGGAGGCGGGGAAGCAUAAGAUGGUUGUGGGGAGCCAGGCGAGGAUCCUGUACUCAGACCAGCGAGGGAGAGUCAAGAUCGCCCAGGCAUUCAAUGAAGCAGUUCGCGUCGGCAGCCUCAAGGCCCCGGUGGUUAUCAGCCGCGACCACCAUGACGUGAGCGGGACAGACUCCCCCUACAGAGAGACCUCCAACGUGUACGACGGGUCAGCCUUCACCGCAGACAUGGCUGUUCAGAAUUUCGUUGGAGAUGCUUUCCGAGGGGCGACCUGGGUGGCUCUUCACAACGGGGGCGGCGUGGGCUGGGGCGAGGUGAUGAACGGCGGGUUCGGACUGGUCCUGGACGGCUCCGAAGACGCCCACUACCGCGCCACGCUCCUGCUGAACUGGGACGUGUCCAACGGGGUGGCGCGAAGGGCUUGGAGCGGCAACGACAACGCGCAGUCCACCAUCGUGCACUCCAUGACCCAGGACUCCCGACUGAAGGUCACGAUGCCCCACGCCGCCGAUCCUAGCCUCGUAGCCCGCGCCCUGGGACACAACUGAGCCGAUAUAUAGCUACUGUUCACAUUAACUUUAGAAAAUGAGACUUUCACCCUGCCCCAUCAAAUGUUGUAUCAUCAGUCAUAUCAAAAGCAAACCACCCCCCUUUGUUAUGGGGGUCUACUCUUUCUCAAAGUACUUGAGAAACUUAUCUAUUCAGAAGAAACUAUAUUUUUUUCAAUAACCAGCCUUGGAAUCGAAUUCCGGCCUUGAAAAGGAGAGGCAGACUCUAUAUACAGCGUUAAUUAAGCAAAAAGAUGUCUCAUGUUGCUCUACUCCUCAUGCUAAAAAGCCUUGGUUUAAUCACGCUUGUUCUCGUGCUGUCAAAGAUAGAGAGGCAGCUCACAAAAGGUAGCAGAGCCUUCGCACUCCUGCUAACCAUGAUCUUUGCAUUUCUGCCCGGAAUCAUGGCAAAUCUAUUCUUCGACUUACCAAAAGCUCUUUCAUCCAUAGGAAAUGUCAAAACCUUGCUGUUUCUAAUUCUUUCAGAGACUUCUGGCACCUAGACAAAAAUAUCUCCCCCAGUUUCACUUCUUCAUCUUUCCCUCCUCUCCCUAACCCUGACGGCAGCACCGCCGUCUUAUCUAUCUCUAAGGCUGAACUCUUCGCUCAAACUUUCUGUAAAAACUCCACUUUGGACAAUUCAGGGCAUAUUCCUCCUACUCAUCUCCCCUCUGACUCCUUUAUGCCUGAUAUUAAGAUUCUUAAGAAUGAUGGUUUUAUGCCCUCUCUGGCCUCAACUCUCAGAAGGCUUAUGGACCUGAUGGAGUGCCUCCUAUUGUCCUUAAGAACUGAGCUUCCGUACUGACACCCUGCCUGGUCAAACCCUUUCGCCUCUGCCUAUUAACAUGUACCUUUCCUUCCUGCUGGAGGUACGGCUUCAUACAGCCUGUGCCUAAGUAGUGUGACCGUUCCAAUCCCUCAAACUAGCUUUACUUUCUUAUCUAUCUUAAGCUUUUGAAUCAAUCCUUAGCUAGAAGUUUCUUAAGCAUCUAUCCACUUCUGACCUUCUUUCUGAUCGCCAGUAUGGGUUCCGCAAGGGGCCAGUUCUUCUCCCCCGCACAGAUGCUGUCCAUAUACAGGGGUGCUUGUCCGCCCAUGUAUGGAAUAUGCAUCAUAUGUGUGGGGGGGCUCCACUCAUAAAGCUCUCUUGGCCAAAGUAGAGUCAAAGGCUCUUCGUCUCAUCAACUCCCCUCCUCAUACUGACAGUCUUCUACCUCUUAAAUUCCGACGCCAUGUUGCCUCUCUUUCUAUCUUCUAUCGAUAUUUUCAUGCUGGCUGCUCUUCUGAACUUGCUAACUGCAUACCUCCCCUCCUCCCGCGGCCCCGCUGCACUCGACUUUCUACUUUAGCUCAUCCCUAUGCUGUCCUAACCCCUUAUGCAAGAGUUAACCAGCAUUUUCAUUCUUUCAACCCUUACACUGGUAAAAUCUCGAACAGCUUUCCUUCGUCUGUUUUUCCUCCUGCCUAUGACUUGAACUCCUUCAAGAAGAGUGUAUCAAGACACCUCUCCACCCGAAACUGACCUCUCUUUUGGCCACUCUUUACUUUUGUCUGUUGUGGGAGCGGCAAGUAGCAUUUUUUUCUUUUUCUACACUCUUUUUGUUGUCCUUGAGCUGUCUCCUUUGUUGUUAAAAAAAUAAAUGUCGGAAGGCUUUCCUUGUCCAUAUCUAUGUCUCCGGUCUUUGUGCCCUCUCAAACUCCAAGUGUAUAUGGCUGAUGGAUAUUGAGAAAAGUUGUAUCAUUGGGAGUUACUGGGCCAGCGUGAAUGGGGCUUAUUUUCGAGGUUGAUGUGAACAUGUAGUUGAGCAUACCACCCCAGAAGCUUUUAAGAGACAUGCUCAACGUUGUUUGGAUAUGUAAUGGUUGAUCUUGUAAAACCCUUGUGGAGCUAUAUAUAAUCUUAACUCGGGUUGCCUUGUGUUUGUUGACUAACCAGUGUUGCGUUUGUCACCUGCUGCCUUGUCCAUGUCACACAGUGCAGCGAAUAGCGGUCUUUUUUUAUUAUUGUUUCCUUUUUUUUUUGCCCUAGAGCUGCUUCCUGUGCUGUAAAAAAAAAAAAAACUCAUAAAAGUGGAUAACUAGUUUAUUCAUUGCUAAGGGGAAGCUUUUAUAUUAGUUGGGAGCAAGGCUACAAGUUGCAAUAACAAUUUAGUCUAUUUUUUCAUACUUUCCAUUCGAAACAUAUGGUUUGUGAUGUAAAUGUGUUUUCAUUCCUGCACGUAGGUUUAAAUGCAGAAAAUAAAUAAAAUCCAGCUGUUGAUAAUCCACUGAGAGAGAGAGAGAGAGAGAGAGAGAGAGAGAGAGAGAGAGAGAGAGAGAGAGAGAGAGAGAGAGAGAGAGAGAGAGAGAGAGAGAGAGAGAGAUUGCAUAUUUCUAUAAAAUCGCUGGUCUCUACUUUUUUAGUAAUAAAUUAUUAAAGUCAUACCAUCUGGCUUCAGUGUACAGUUUCAAAGCUUCGACAGAGGUAUCAUGCAACUGUACGGACUCACCUGGGAAAUAAAAUCUACCACGAGUA